AUGGGCCUUAUAUUCACUCCUAAACAUCAGAAACUCGUCAAUCAAUGCUAUCCUACUGGAAGAACGCCCGAUAAAAAGCCCAAGUCUUCAGAGACUUCCUACCUGUUGUAUUACGUGAACUCUCGAAGAACGAAACUGGAGAAAGUUAGCACAUAUUUGGUGAAAAAAAGCACCGCUGACCUUAAUCACAGACGAAUUGGUAACAUUACGGUCACCAUGGAGCUUAUGAACAAAAUUGUGUGUCACUGUCGGGAAAAUUUGAACGUUUUUGUCAAAGAUUUCUUACAUAUCAUGAUCAAGACGCUUUCGAACAACAAUGUGAACAAUGAUAUCGGAGUCUUGGAAAGGAUCGAAGAAACGUUGAGUAGUAUAUGCCGAAAUUUGGACGGUGCGCUUUGUAACGGUGACGCGGAAUUUAUUGACCUUUUUAAGACAUUUUUCAACUCGUAUCUGCCAACUGUCACUGAAAGGGUCCACGACAGUAAUCUUGUCUUGAAAGGUUGUACUGACAUCUCAGUGGUCAGUAAUUUGGCCAUGAAUCCACAAGGGAGUGAGUUACUCUCGGAGGCUGCAGAGCUCGCUUUGAAAAGUUUCCAAGACCGGAACCCGACUUACAAAAUACGCAGCCUCGACAAUACCGAGCAAGUUAUCAACAGACGACUAACAAGGACCCAGACGCAUGCACUGGGGCUUGACGAUUUGCCGGAAGAUACGGAUUGGGCCGUGCGGGCGCUUCAGGCGUUUUUCAAUACCUCUGAGACCGAUAAACUCUCGCUGGCCAUUAGGGUACUGUUGAAGAUUUUACUCAAAACGCCCAACAAAGAACUUUUGGAGUUUAUUUGCAACGGAAUUCCAGUCCAUUUGCGAUACACCGUGAUCCUGAUCUUCAUUCGUAAUUUAAGCGAUGAAAACGGGGACGCAGUCACUAUUCUCAAGUUGGUGUCCAGUCUGCUGGUAUCAGAAGUGAGCAUCAUCGGUCUUAGCGUGCUGGACGUCAUGCGAGUAUUGCUGAACAUGCAAUCUGCCAAUGGAAGUUCAAGAGAGAUUUGCCAUCAAUGUUCAUUGACUAUUGCAGAUCUUAACAAGAAGACUUACUACAAGGACCAGACCUCGGACAUGUUUUUGGAAGUGCUUUCGAGACUGAAAGAUGAUAAGACUAAGGAAAACAGGGCCAUUUUUGAAGAAGACUUACAACGGCUACUUGAAUCUACUACCAACGCGACUCUGAGCCUCGAUCUUUUCUUUGAUUUGACACCGUUUACAGACAGUUACAUGAAACUAUUCCAGUUGGUCAGUAACUCUGUGUCGGGCGCUUUCACCAUCUCAAAGCUCUUUUCAUUGAUCGAUUCUAUGUCCUCGGUCAAUGCCCAACAACAUUUAAUGUCAGAAGCAUUCGCAAAAUUCAAAAGUAUAACGUUACUUUCUGGUCUGAGACACUACUUAUUCACGGCUGCCACCCCAUCUUCGGCAUACUACAUCUACCACGCGGAAGCAGCUCGCUUCUUGGGUUUGGAAGACUAUAACUCUCAGACCUCCCACAAGAAAGCCAUCUCUGAGCUUUUCUCAAGAGAUGAUCUCCUCAACUUCUACAGCGACAUGGGGACCAACAAGUACUCGGAAAAGGGCAAACGUAUUUUGCUGUCCAAAGAACCUAUGCUAUCCACUACGGAUCUCAUCUCCAAUGCUUCUCCGGAGCAGCAGCAGCAGCAACAGCAUGCCGCCAACCCAAAUGAUGUUCCAGGUAUCGACAACCAGCUCACAUAUCCUGAGGUUACACCUACAAAACCUUACGAUGCAAGAUCUUUGAAAACUUUGAGGUACACAACCCCUAAAGUGCGUGAUUUGAAAAAUCUAAAUGGCAACAGCGCAGGAAAUCCAUCUGUCAACAAUUUGCUCAGGGCCUCGCAGUCCGUCAAAUCUCAUAUCACUAACAUAACUUUCCUUCUCUCAGAACUUGACAGCGACGCAAACGAACUCAAAAUUCAAGAUCCUGACGAAGAGGAAAUCGCUUUGGAGAGAUCGGAGAUAGCGCGAUCUCAAACCGUAAGACUCUCCACUAUUGAGGGAAAAGGUUCUAAAAGACUUUCUGUUCCAAUAAAAGUGACUCCAGAAACUGACGAAUUUACAGAUGCUCAGGAAGAGGUAGAAGCUCCUAGUACAAGAGGGAAAUUGUUCAAAGUUUAG